AUGCUCUUAGGUUCACUAACUCCUGCUUCUCGACGAAGUUUUGGAGAUGGUUUCUAUGCACGAUCAACGCCGUCGCCUUCACCAGGAGGUGACUGGAAGGGGCAGGACGAAGACGGAGAUUCCGUAACCAGUGGUGCUCCAUCGGUGCAUUCAAUCCUCGAUGACGUGCCGCGUACUCCGAAGAGGCCGAUGAGUUAUUUGGACCCCCGCAACCCUUCUCUCGUGACGGAGGUGCUAUAUGUGUCUAUUGGGCUUGCAGUGAUUUCGUUAGGAGUUUUUGUAGUUUACCGCAUUGUUCGUGCAAGAAGAUAA